AUGACCAAAGAGGAUUACGAUCAGAUAGAUCCGGAGGAGCUUCAGCUGAUAAACAUUAAGUGGGGUAUGGCUAGUCUAGUGAGGAGGGCACAGCGUUUUAUGGAAAUUACUGGUAGAAAUAGUCUUUCUAGACCUGAUCAGAAGCUAGGUUUUAACAAGUCUAAAGUAACCUGCUUCAAGUGCAAAGAAAGAGGCCAUUUCAAAAGAGAGUGCCCAAACAGAGAAGUGAAUAAUCAUCUGAAUCCGUUCACGAAUGACUAUUACAGGCAGGCAAUCUACCACAGGUCGAAUCAACAACCUGUAGUUCAAAGACCACAAAUCGAGAACAAACCAGAGAAAGCUCUCAUUGUGAACCAGGAUGACGAGAAAGUUGCUGAGGGAUUCAGCUGGGAUAAAUGCAUCCCUGGAAGUGAUGGACAGGCUAUGAUGGCUGAGAUAGUAGAAGAGCCAGAGAUUGUUGUGGAGCCUGAAGUGGUUGUUGAAGAUGCUUCUGUGGAUAGCAUGGCUAGUAUUGAGGAGUUAGCUGCAGAAGUUUAUUACUAUCAGUCUGAACAGAAGGUAUUAGCCAGUUUCUUUGAAGAACCGACAACUAGAUUAUGUCCACGAUUUGAGGAGAAGAAAGAGUCUGUCGAAGAAAUGAUCGAUGUGACAAAAGAAAUGACCGAAGACACUUUGAAGGAAAUUGCUGACAGGGCUCUCAUGGCAAAACUGAAAGAGGUAGACACAGAACUUGUGAAACCCGAGUCUGUCGGUACCGAGUCAGUUCAAAAGGAGUCGGAUCAGGAGUCAGGAAUUGAGGAGGUCAAAUCUGAGAAAGUGUCUGAGUCAGAGUCGAAAGAUAUCGGUAAACAGGAAGUGAAAACUGCUCAUGAAGUAGAGAUUGUUGAAAAAGUGAAUUCAAUGACUGAAACCCCAUGCCAAAAGUGUUUAAAACCUUGCAUGGAGUGUCUUGAAAAAGACGCUAAGUUUCUGGAAUUGAAACAACACGCUGACAUGUUAAAAUUUGAUCUAGAUGGGGUGGAAGCUGCAUUGAACCUCAAGCUGAGGACAAUUGAGGAUGAGUUGCCAGAGAGCAUUGAUGUUACAUUCUCUCCGCCCGACACAAGCAACGAGUCACAGGUCAUCAAGACUGUUGUCGACCAGGUGUUAGAUGAAGAGAGUGAUAACUCUGAGGUUGAAAUCAUGAAUUCUCAUUCUGGGAAGUCUGUGUGUGAUUCUGAAGACGAGGUUAACAACAAAGAGUUCUUUUCGAAACCGAAAAAGUCGUUUGUUACGUCACGUUUUAACAACUUGGGUAAGAAAGAGUGGGAAGGGAAUGGUAACAAGAAGAAAAAUGGUAACAACUUUAAAAACAAAGGAAUUAGUUUUGAGAAGAAGAUGGCUAAGAAGGUUGUUAAGCCAAAAGAUAAAAUGAAUGAUGUCUUUGUUGUUGGACCAAGUGUGGAUGAUGAGAAAGAUUACAUUUUUAGUCAGAAAGCCAUUGACGAUUUCAAUGCGGCAAAGAAACUAAAAGAAGAGUCGUUCAAAUCAACUUUUGUCGAGUAUGACAAAAGAGUUUACUAUCGCUGUAAUGAGAUCGGACACAUGGCAAAACAAUGCAAGAAAUUUUUGAAAAACCUGUCGUUAUAA